AUGCAGUCCGGUUUGAUAAGCAUAAUCCAUACAAUCGCUCUUGUUUCCCAGGUUGGUGCAUGGCAUCUAGACAGACCCUGUCAAGACCUAGGGUAUGGAGAUAUAAUUCGCCAGGGGAUGACCAGCGCCAUAGAUCUAGCACAGGCAGCAACGGACACUCUGCAGGCCCUGAGAGAUAAUACCUACAACCAGGCUCAGAUGGAUCUAUUUGAGUACAUGUUUGGAUUUGCCAUUGAGACUGUCAACGGACAAAGACGGAUUAACCAAAGAGAUUGGGCAUAUAUCAAUCUCAUCUACUGCGAUUACUCUCGCUAUAUCGAAGGCAAGCGUUGCAAUGGCAACGAUGACAAAAACCGUGCCUGUGAUAAGGACACUAGCGAGGAUGUUAUUAUGUCCUCAGCGUAUAAGUGGUGCAAGUCGACCUCUGGAUACAUUCCAGUCAUGGCCGUGACUACCUCAAACGGCCCUAGCAACUUUGGGCAAGUAGAUCUAUGUGCCUGGUAUUUAAAGUUCAUGUCGACAUCGGAGAGAAGGUACUGGCGGGACCUGGGAUCCAGGUCGUUAUUGGCGUGGCCACUGCAUAAAAUAUACAGCACGUCUUUGCUGCACACCGAGAUGGAUGCUGCUGCUCUGUUCGAUCAUACACUGUUACAUGAGCUCACACAUGCCAUUGGCGAGCUUCCAACUUCGGAUACCUCCGGAUAUUUCAGCUAUGGGUGGAAACGCUGCGUGAAGCUCGCUAGGGACCAUGAGAAAGGGAUCAAUAAUGCAGACAAUUAUGCCUAUUUUGCUUUAGGAGCUAGGAUGGUCAGCCCUAACAAUAACCGGCCAGCUGUUUGUCCAAACAAAGAUGGAUCAAUCAGCCCACUGCUAGAGAAUCAACAAAAUCAGCCUCAACCAGAGCCUCAUCAAGCUCUAUUUGAGAGGACUUAUCUGAAGAAGGGCACUGUACUCAAGGUCAAGCCCUCACCUGUUCAUUCGCAAGGACUGUCUCCUAUCCAGUCUCCGAGUCGAUUCCCCAGACAUUCACCUACCCGUUCUCCUAUGCAGUCUCCUAUCAAGUCUCCCGUCCAGUCUCCUACCCAUUCUAUCCAUUCUCGUAAACUGUCCCGGAGCUGGCCGCCUGGAGGAUCGCAAUCGGUGCCAUUGGUGCCAUUGAGUAUGCCUUCGAAAUCCUCGACCAGUUCUACGAGUGCUGUGCCAGUUUCAUCCAUGUCGCACACUCAAACCUUGAGUUCGCUAAAUGGAAAGACUUUUUCUGUCUCGUCUACAUCACCUCUAUCAAUUCCAUCGUCAAUAUUCUUAACGCCAGCAUUGUCUAUAUCACAAUCUUCGACUUCCUCAUUAAAUGCGCUCACGAUAAUCCCCAUCACCAACGCGGACACAACCACGCAGGUCACCUACACAGCGACCACCACGGAGGUGGACCGCCAGCCAACAGGUGUAUGGAAAUGCCACGGUGAGGUGUGCAACCCCAGUGGCUGCACUAUCCCGACGUUUUGUACUAAAUCCGAUCUUGGUGCGUCCUGGGGAUUGUGCUGUGGGUUUGUACCUGUUCCGGUGGGAUUUAUCCCUUCGCCAGGAGGGCCUCCAUUUCACGGACCUGUACCUAUUCCUCUUUCUGGUCCUAUUCCUAAACCUCAUCCUGACCCUCAUCCAAAACCUGGUCCUGGGCCUCAUCCUCAUCCUAAUCCAGAAGCUGGGGAGAAUGAGAAAUCCACAAGAUCAAGUACCAGAACCACUGAGUCAAGUUCUAUCAAUUCCACCAGCUCAACAACAUCCAGUCCUAGUUCCAGUUCCAGCUCAAGUCCAGAAGAGACACCGGUAUAUCAUUACUGGGACUGGGAUGGACAGCACAAUUGGCUUGAAAUGCAGCAGUCGAUACUCUUAAAGAUGGAGACUCUCUCCCCCUCCUCUUCUACCUCUAUCUCUACUCCUACCCCUACCCCUACAUCUGCUAUAUCUACCACAUCUAUAUCGACUACAUCUACAUCUGCUACUAUAUCUACACCUACUACUUCGACUAUAUAUACGACAUCACCCAUAACAAUCAUCACCGUUACCUUCCCUCACACUACAUUCACCACGAUAAAAAAAUACAUCUGCAAGCCAACUGUCUCCCUCCUCGGCGACGGUAUCUGGCGCUGUGCCUGCACGACCGACGGCACCACUGUGACAAUUCCGACCAUUAAAUCUCAUUUAUGUCAAUAUACCGCUAUAUCUAUUUAG